AUGGAUGAAAGUGGUCUUACUCAACAACCCAAAAAGCAGAAGCUAAACGAUGAACGGGACGUUGUUGACAGGAACAUCAAAUACUUACAUAAUUUGCCGGAGGAGAUUCUUCGAUACAUCCUAUCCUUACUUCCAACAAAAGAUGCUAUUAGAACUAGCGUACUUUGCAAGAGGUGGGAAUACCUUUGGACCUCCAUUCCCAAUCUUGAUUUUAAAGGGUUGGAGCUGGCUAAGAGAAAGCAUUUCAUGAAUUUUGUGGAAAGAGUGCUUCUUCUUCGCGACUCGUCUGAUAUAAAAACAUUCACUCUCUCUUGUCAUGUGCUACGUGAUGCAUCUCAUGUAAGUGCGUGGAUCUCUGCUGCAGUAAGGCGUAAUGUUCAACGGCUGUAUAUUAGCCUUUGCAAUUUCAGAAAACCAUUUUCAUUGCCUCAUAGCUUGUUUACUUGUAUGACACUGACAGAGUUAGAACUUGAAAUGCCUUGUAUCCUCAAACUUCCUCCUACAAUUUGCUUCACAAAUCUCAAGACCUUAAAUUUUGGGUUUGUUACAUUUACGAAAGAGCACUCAACCGAGAAGCUUUUUUCUGGGCUGCCAGUCCUUGAGGAGUUGGAAUUAAAUAAUUGCUACUGGGUGAAUCUUAAGGUUGUGAGUAUUUCUGCUCCAAAGCUUCUUUCAAUUCGUAUAGUUGAAGAUAGGGAAAAUCAGAAUGAUGAAAAUGGUUGUCAGGUCAUGAUUUCUGGAGUUAGCCUCAAUUACUUUUGUUAUGUUGGUGAAUUCUACAAUGAAUUCCAUGUACACAACUCACCCUCACUUGGAGAGGCAUCAGUUCUUGCUAGUUGGUAUUAUGAGAGAAAAAAACAAAUUUCCCACCGCAUGUAUAUGCUUGUUACAGGGUUCUCUAGUGUAAAAGAACUAACACUUGUAUUCUGUGCUGUUGAGGUUUUAACAUAUGCAGUAGAAGUUGUAGAACUCCUACCUCAUUUGCCUAUCUUCAAUAAUUUGGAGUAUUUGGCAUUGGAAGAAUGGUCAGUUAAUCUCGACAGUGUAGCACUGUUGAAGAUAUUGCAAAAAUCUCCCCGUCUUAAGACAAUGGUAUUUAGUGAGGGGAUCAGCCUGUCCUCAGAUUAUGAAAGAAAUGAUAGAAUACUGGAUCCAGUGCCUCCAUGUUUCUUGUCACAGCUCAAUUGCAUCGAAGUCUAUGAUUAUGAGGGAGACGAGAAGGAGCUAUCUGCUGUAAAGAUUUUGCUCAAGAAUGCAGUGGUCUUGGAAGAAUUAGUCAUAUCUUGUUCACAGCAGAACCAGAAGAAGGUUCAUGAACAGUUAUUAAAGCUACCCAGAGGGUCAAAACAUUUUGAAUUGGUUUUUGAUUAGAACCUUUCUUGAGCUUUUACGUCCAGAGAAGCCACUAAUUCCUAUUUCAUUAUACUUCGAAUUUGAAGAACUGAUUUCCCUUUUU